AUGGACGAGCGGGCUAAUAACGAGCACAUCGAAGGUGUUAAGCAUUUGUCAGGGAAGAGACGAGCCAAUUCAACACCGCCGAUCAUGUCUCGCAAUCAAGAAGACAGUCCCAUGCCAUAUGCUAUUAGUACAUUGGACAGUGUUCGUUCUAACCCAACUCCCUCUCAGAUGGAUGACAACGAUGACAUUCGAUCGACGGUAAUAACUCCUUCAGAGAACAGCAAACAUUCGAAUUUACCACCACAGGUGGGACAAUCUGAGUCCCCGGUACCGUCCACUUCGCAUGAUACGCCGAUGACCAUCCAGCGCCCCGAUAUUAGACCAAAUUUACCCAACUUAGCGCCGGUAGACCUCCACCUUGGCAACUUUCCCCACAUCCCAUUGCCACAAGGACCACUAAACGAUCCCUCUCCGAUGUUUCCACCGAAUUUCGACUUGUCAGGACCAUCCAGACUUACACCACAAGUAUCACCGCUCGUACCAUCUCCUCUCAUAAAUGGAUUACCUCUUCUAAAUAAUACCUCAACUCUGGCAUCAUCAGGGUUCUCAGCUGCAAAUCUGUUAAGCAGUAACAAGCCCGUAACACCCAAAUUCGGGAAUAUUAUGCAACUUUUUGCCAACAUGAAUAAUGGCGAGGGCUCACACACCUCAUCGACUCCUCCCUCAAACCCUACUUUACCAUAUGAUUCAAAUUAUCUCAAUGCCUUCAUGAAGGUAAAUGAACAGAAAGACUCGACUUUGUCAAGGCCAGCCACAGACAGCACUGGACCGUCAGUGGUAACACCACCUGAAACUCUGUCCAACAAUAGUGCCUGCACCAGUCCUAAGAGUGGAAAUAGUGAGUCCACAAGUACUUUGCAUCAGCAGCCUGUUUCACAACCUUCGACUUCAGGUGGAGUGCAGCCCUCGAUCGACGGUUCUAUCAGUCACGACGGGAAACAUUGUCGUGUCUGCAAUAAGCGAUUUAAUUGUGGAAGUGCUCUCAAAAUCCACUUUCGCAAACACUCAGUUCCGCAUCUCUCUAGGCUUCCACCGCCACUAAAUGGAACGAAUGCUCUAAUGACCUUACCACUUGUACCGCCACAAAAUCUCCUGGAUCACAUUUUCCUUCGACAAUCAGAACAGCUAGUAAAUCCAAGCCUCUUUGAAGGAGCAUUUAGAAUGCUCUUUGAAAACUUCUUAUCCCAAAAUAAUCCAUUCAAUGACCAGGUUAUGCAACCGGAGGCAGAACAAAAAGUUGAAAAAGAGACGUCAAUGGAUGUAUGUGAAAACGCAGAAGAGCCGGAAGAUCUGUCAAGCUCGCGGAUUGAUGGGCAAGGCAAUGGGGAAGGUGGCCUCCAAUGCGAAAAUCCGGUAAAUGAGACAUUGGAGUCACACAGUAUAACUGAAAACGGAUGGGGUUCCAAAGUCAUUAUUAUUAGCUGCCUGACUUUUAGUGUGGAUGUUCAUGGUCAAGAAAAUACGGCACCACACAACACUUCAAAUGGUCAAAGUGGAACACUCAGUAUUAAGGACCUACACCAAUGCGUUGCAUGCGGAAUUUACUUCACGGAUCCCAUUAUGUACAAUAUUCACCGAUCCCUACACGCAGAAGAAGAAGACUACACUUGUUCACGGUGUGGCGAAUGUAUGCAGGACGCCAGUGAAUUCGCUCUUCAUUUUGUUUGCUCUCACAAUUGCUACCACUACCUGCACAAACUUGAGCUGGCAAGGGAGGAGGCGCCCGUUGAAUCCACCCCAGUCAAAAAGAUGGCAAACGUAAAUUGGUCACCAAGGUAUUAA